AUGUUCUCCUCACAACCAGAGUCUUCGGACUUUGACUAUCCUCGCGGUCCAUUAAAACGGUUCCAUGAGGACGAGGUGGCUACCGAUGGCAUGAAUGGGUCGACCGUGGGCUUUACCGAGCACAGAAAUAAACGGCUGCAAACACUGCCGUUUAGGACGUCGCCGACCUCACCGCGAAAAUGGGAUCUUGCCGUAGGGGCCGAUGCCGGCCAACAGCGCCCUGAUCCCGCCAUAACCCCACCGGGCUCCUUCUCGGAGAGCGCACCGCAGCAUGCCGCACAACAUGCAGCGGUUCAGCAGCAGCAGUCCAUCUACGGCCAACAGAGCGGUGUCCCCGCUGUCGUCGAGAGCAGCGACAUGGACAUGGAUAUGGCCACCGACGACAUGCUGAGCCCCCCUGCACACGUCAACCACGCGCAGCAGCAGCAGCAGCAUCAGCACCUCGUGCCCGGUCCGUCGCAACCCGACCAGGACUCCGUCAUUGCCAGCCGUAUGCCGACGCCGAUCCAGCCCAGCUUCGCCGUCCAAGUUCGCGGCAACAACUGGGGCGGUGCGGCCGGCAACGUUAUGCACAACAGCAUGGUCGCCCCCACUCCGACCGACCCCGUCGCGGCUGAGGACCGCUCCGUGCCUCGCUCUCUGGAGCAUCCUGCUGUCCUGGGCGAGUGGUCCAUGGUCCAGAACCGGUCGCUGCCUUCGCCGAUCAGCGAGAGCGGUGGCGAGGAAGCAGCUGGCAGCCCCGAUAUGGUUCUCGACAGCAUGGCCCUGCAAGGAGGACUCGGACAAUCGCCCGGCCACGAGAACAUCGAGGGUUGCGGUGAGCAUGACGACGAUCUCCUUGGAACACCGACCCGAUCGUCCGCCAUGCAUUCGCAUACGCCGAUGGCGGCGUCGUCCCCGAUCCGCGGAAGCGGCAGCACCCUCGACAGCGAUCCCGCCGCUACACCGUCUCCCCGGAAGGGCCACACGCGCAGUCGCCACACGAUUGUUGCCUGGACCCAGCAGCCUGGAAUGAAGAAGUCGUUCAGCAUAGGCUACCGGGCCGACUGUGAGAAGUGCCGCAAUAGAGUUCCCGGCCAUUUCAACCAUAUUAUCGUUUCUUAG